CAUUACCGAAAUGUCAAUGUCAAUUGCCAACAAAAUUUCAGAUGAUUAAUAAAUGUUAACGACCCUAGAAUUAGAAUAAAUAAAUAUUUUUUUCUAUGGUACUUGGCAAAUGUGGACAAUAAAAUGACGGUAGCAGAUUUCUUUGGAUGUACAUUUUUGGCCUUCGGGCCCCCCUUUGCAAUGUUUGUAUUUACAAUUGCUCAUGAUCCAAUAAGGAUCAUUAUAUUGAUAGCUGCAGCCUUCUUUUGGUUAGUAUCUUUGCUAUUGUCCUCUACAAUUUGGUUUGCUUUGGUGCCUAUAAGAAACUACCUCGAGUUUGCAAUAUUUUAUACAGUUAUAUUUCAAGAAGUCUUCAGGUUUGUUAUUUAUAAAAUCUUAAGAAAGGCCCAGAAUGGUUUGAAGAAAAUAACAGAUAACAGUGCAACUUUUAUUGAAAACAAGCAUAUUCUGGCUUAUGUUAGUGGAUUGGGAUUUGGAAUAAUGAGUGGAGCCUUUUCAGUGAUAAACAUAUUGGCUGAUUCAGUAGGACCAGGCACUAUGGGACUCAAAUCUGGGAAUGAGAUGUUUUUCCUUACUAGUUCUUGCAUAAGCCUUUGCUUUAUUCUGUUAAAUACUUUUUGGAGUGUGAUAUUUUUUAAUGCAUGUGAUAACAGAAAUCUGAUCCAUUCAGGUUUUGUUGUUUGUUCUCAUUUAUUAGCAUCUUAUUUGACACUAUUAAACGGUGUUAGUAGUUGGGGGUGUAUAGUCCCUCUAUAUUUAAUUUUAAUUUUUACUGGAUGCUUAGCUUUUAAGGUAGUAGGUGGGUCAAUAGCUUCCAUUAAAAGUUGUCUAAGCUUUAAGUAAAAGUAGGUGAAACUAUGAUAUUUAUAUUAUUAACACAUUCGCUGCAUAUUUGCUUGCGAUAUAAUUCUUACCCUAUAUGCUGACUAAAUAGAAUGCAAAUGAAUAGUAUUAGUCAAAUUAUGCGCACAAGUGUGGUCGGCGACCAACGAUAUCAAAAUACUUACUAGCGUGUGCAUCUGCAGCGAAUGGGUUAAUUAUAUCGUAAUUCUGACUUAUUUAUUUUCUAUUUUUUAUAAGACUUAAGAUAUAGUACCUAAUUAAUUACCUUUAAUAUUUAUAAUGUUCAUAUUAAAUGCUUUUUAUACAUAAUAAAUAUGAUUUUUAAUAAAUGUGGUAAAUAUUAAAAAUUUUUGGCAAAAGAGAUUACACCUGUUUUGUUUAAAUAAUAAAUAAGACAAUAACAUCUAAUA